AUGACGAACCCAGCGAUUGGAAAAUAUCUCUUUACUGGAGGCUAUGUGGCGACCAUGGAUGGUUCGCUGGGCGAGUUCGACCGUGGUGCCGUGUUGGUUGAGGACGGUGUGAUCACCGCCGUGGGAAGGGCUGACGAGUUCUCAGCCUCAGAGUGUGAAGUCAUCGAUACCAGCGGUGGCGUGGUCGUUCCGGGAUUCGUGGAUACCCAUCGCCAUACGAGCUUGUCGCUAUUUCGCGGGAUCGCGGCAGAUCACUCGUUAGUCCGCUUCUUGCCGAACUGCUAUUUGCGAUGGCUACCAGCCGUCGGCGCAGAGGACAUAUACACAGCUUCCUUGGUCAGCGCGCUCGAGGCAAUCGAUAGCGGCGUCACCACACUUCUGGAUUGUGUCGAAGCACCGAGUUCGAGACAGCAUGCGGAAGCCAAUUUACAGGCCUUAAAGGACUCGGGCAUUCGUGCUUUCUACUGCUACGGGAUGAGUGAUGGCCAGUACGAAGGGUCGGGGAAUGGCCUCUCCGGCUGGAAGGCCCGCCUAGCCCAUCUAGAGGACCUCUACCGCUUCAAGAACGAGCACCACUUAGUUCGUGUGGGUUUACAAACCAGCCAUCCGGGGCUAGUCCCCUUUGACCAGACGGAGAGAGAGAUCCGGUUUGCUCAGGAGCAUGGAAUGCUGUGUUGCUCUCACACCGCUCCAUUCAUGCACACCGGCCUGCAUAAUGGCGUUCAGGAGCUCGCUGACCGGGGACUCUUGCUCCCUGAUCACGUCCAUAUUCACUGCACGAGUCUGAACCAUCAUGAAAUGGGGCUGCUUGCAGCCUCCGGUGGUAAAGUGUCCAUUGCCACGGAGACAGAGAUGCAAAUGGGCAUGGGUAUCCCCCCAAUCCGGGCGUGCAUUGAACAUGGCAUUAAACCCACCUUGAGUAUCGACACGACCAGCAUUGUCGCACCCGACUAUCUCGCCCAGAUGCGUCUAGCGCUUCAGAUGCAGCGGUUGCUUGAUAAUCAUACGGUCCAUGCCUCCCGCAAGGCCCCGACGCAACUCGACCUCGGAGUGCGCGAUGUCUUGACCUGGGCCACUCGGAAUGGUGCUGACGCUGUCGGAAUGGCAGACCGAAUCGGCACUUUGACCCCUGGCAAGCGGGCCGAUCUCGUCUUUAUCUCGUCGCAACGGUUUCUUAGUACGUCCGCGUUUCCUCUGGGGACAGCCAUUCUACACUCCACUCCAGCCGAUGUCCAUACCGUCAUGGUCGACGGGGUGAUCCGAAAGCGUGACGGCCAGCUAGUCGGUUAUGACCUCGACAGUAUCCGCGCUAAUGCAAAUACUGCAUUGCGACGUACCAUGGCUAAUUUACGGAAUUUCCGUCCCGAGAUGACUGAAAAGGAACUGGACCAGUUUCUUCUUGAUGCUGAACGCUUGACACGGGCGAACUUGGCCAGAGCCUAUGGGGGCUCGGUAGACAGUUGCUGGACGUCGAGCGUUCCUUGA